GCGGCGGUCUCUCCGGCACUUCGCGGAUGGGCCUGUCGAUGCUGCAACCGGCCCCUUGGCGAGCUGCAGUGCUCGGCAUGCUGUGCUUGCUGGUGCUGCUGCUGCAGUCCCGGUCGGCGUCUGGGACGGGGCCUGACUUGCAAGACGACAAAAGCAGCAUGGUUGCGACCCAGGUGUCUGGGCCGGCGCGUGGGAAUCUGCACGACUCCCAGACGUCUGGGACCAGUGCUACAGUCAGUGUUACGACCAGUGCUUCGUCGUCAUUCCGCCUCUCAAAUGAGGUGCUGCCCUCGCACUAUGACAUCUUCUUAGAGACCUACCUGGGCGAUGACAGCGAGGGCUUCAUGUUCAAAGGGCACGUUGUUAUCACGCUGUCGGCGACGGCGCCGGUGCGCGAGUUCCGGCUGCACGCCAAGAACCUGACGGUGGACGAGGAGGCGGUGCAGCUGACGUCGCAGGGGCCGCCGGCGCCGGCGCUGAGGCGCGUGCGGCUGGACACGGACCGCGACUUCCUGGUGCUCCAGCUGGACGGCCCGCUGGAGCCCGGCGCCGCCUACCGCCUGCGGCUCGCCUUCGCCGCCCCGCUGGAGCAGGGCCUAGCCGGCUACUACCGCUCCAGCUAUCGGGACCGCACCUCCGGUGACACGAGGUGGAUGGCGGUGACGCAGUUCGAACCGACCGACGCACGGCGCGCCUUCCCGUGCUUCGACGAGCCGGCCUUCAAGGCGACCUUCAGCAUCGGCCUGGCCCACCACAGGAAGUACAGCGCCAUCUCCAACAUGCCCCUGGUCACCUCGCAGCAGAUGGAGGGGCGCCCCGAGUGGACGGUGGACCACUUCCAGCAGUCGCUGCGCAUGUCGACCUACCUGGUGGCGUUCGUGGUGUCGGACCUGGAGCACGUGGACUCGGCCACGGGCGACAACACGACGCUGUUCCGCGUGUGGGCGCGCCGCGAGGCACUGCUGCAGGCGGGCUACGCCGCCGUCGUGGGCCCCGGCGUCCUCACCUUCUACGAGCGCUUCUUCCAGGUGCUCUACCCGCUGCCCAAGCUGGACAUGGUCGCCAUCCCGGACUUCGCCGCCGGGGCCAUGGAGAACUGGGGGCUCGUAACCUACAGGGAGCGCCUGCUGCUGUUUGACAACGCGGUGUCUUCGGUGCUGGCGAAGCGCGACGUGGCGUCAGUGAUCGCGCACGAGCUGGCCCACCAGUGGUUCGGCAACCUGGUCACCAUGCGCUGGUGGACCGACCUGUGGCUCAACGAGGGCUUCGCCACCUACGUCGCCACGCUCGGCGUCCACGACGCGCACCCGAACUGGAAGACGCUGGAGUCGGACGCGCUUGCCAACAUGCUGACAGUACUCAGGUUCGACGCCUUGGAGACGUCGCACGCACUCUCUGUACAGCUCAAGAACCCCAACGAGAUCUCGCAGAUCUUCGACACCAUCUCCUACAAGAAAGGUUCGUUCCUGAUCCGCAUGAUGUCGGACUUCCUCGGGGAGAUGGUGUUCCGGGACGGGCUGACCAGCUAUCUGCGCAAGCACCGCCUGGACAACGCCGAGCAGAGCGACCUGUGGGGGGCGCUGACGGCCGAGGCCCACCGGCAGGGGGCGCUGCCCGCUGGCGUGACCGUCGAGGCCGUCAUGGACACCUGGACCCUCCAGACGGGCUACCCGCUGCUCACCCUCUCCAGGGACUACCGUACUGACACACUCAGUAUCACACAGGUCAGGUACCUGUCGUACCAACCGUCGGACGUUCGGCGCUCGAACGUCUCGCAAUGCUGGGAGGUGCCGGUGACGUACACGUCGGCACGCGACCCGCACGAGGUGCGCAGAGUGUGGCUGCACUGCGACCGGGGCCGGCCGAACGUGCUGACGCUGCCACUGGAUGCUGCCGAGGGCGACUGGGUGCUGCUCAACGUCCACGCCACCGGCCUGUACCGGGUGCUGUACGACUCGCGUGGCUGGAUGCUGCUGGCCGAGGCGCUGAAGGGCUCCGACCCCAGCAAGUCGGGGAUCGACAGGCUGAGCCGCGCGCAGCUGCUGGGGGACGCCCUCGCGCUGGCGUGGAGCGGCGACCUGCCCUACGAGCACGCCCUCUCCCUGCUCACCUACCUGCAGCGCGAGCCCGACUACCUGCCCUGGAGGGCCGCCUUCUCCGGGCUCUCCAGCAUCUACCGCCUGGUGCGGCGGACCGCCAGCUUCGGCCUGUUCCGGAUGUUCGUGACGCAGCUGAUGGCGGAGCCGAUGAAGACGUGGGUGGACCUGCAGCGGCCGCUGGCGUCGGACGACCUGGAAGGGUUCCUGCACCGCAGGCUGAUGGUGUCGUGGGCGUGCCGGCUGGGCGUGGCCGACUGCGUCCAGCAGGCCACCAAGCUGUUCGCCGACUGGAUGCGACAGCCGGACCCUGACCGGGAGAACCCGGUGCCGGCGGGCCUGCAGUACGAGGUGGUGUGCACGGCGCUGAGGCACGGCGGCGAGGCGCGCUGGCGGUUCGCCUGGGAGCGCUACCUCGCCUCCAACGUGGCCUCGGAGCGCGUCCAGCUGCUGCAGGCGCUCACCUGCGCCCGCGAGCCCUGGCUGCUGCAGAGGUUGUUGGAGUGGUCCGUUCUGGAGGGCUACAGCAUCCGGCCGCAGGACAGUGCGACCGUUUUCUCCGGCGUGGCGCAGAACGAGUACGGUUUCCACAUCGCUGAGGAGUUCUUCUACAGGAACAUCACUCAGCUGCACCAGUUCUACGGCCCCAAGGCGAGCCGCCUGUCCAGGUACGUCAAGGCCAUCGCCGAGGACAUGUACACCGAGCGGGAGCUCAAGGAGUUUGACGACUUCGCGGCGCAGAACGCCGACCACCUGAGGCAGUCUUCGCUGGCGGUGAAGCAGGCGCGGGACAAGAUCACGGUGAACGUGGCGUGGAUGCAGUCACACUACGCGGAGCUGGCCCGCCAGCUGGGGCGGGUCAGCCAGCAGCCGGCGGCGGCGGAGGCGGCGAACCAGUAGCGGCGGCGGCGGAGCGUCGAGUGUGUAUCAGCUGUGUUGUGAUCCCUGACAAAUAAAUUAAUGCCAACACUUUA